CUCCAUAAUAUGCUGGCCGCGAGGACAUCUGCGUCACGCGCGACCCGCGCUGUGCGCAAUUUUGCGACUGUCGUCGAUGCUGCUGGCGUAAAAAUUGCCGCGGCGGACAACGGUGAACCUACCUCGACCGUUACCUUCCUCGUCAAGGCUGGCAGCCGAUACCAGAACAAGCCUGGUAUUGCCCACGCCCUGACCAACUUUGCCUUCAAGAGCACAAGCAAGCGCUCCGGUCUCGCGACGAUUCGCGAAGCUGAGCUGUAUGGUGGUAUCCUGUCUUCAAGCUUGUCAAGGGAGCACCUGGCAUUGACAGCAGAGUUCUUGCGGGGUGAUGAGCCGUAUUUCGUCGACGUCCUUUCGUCAUUCGUCACCGAGGCAAAGUUCACUCGCCACGAGCUCCAGGAGUCCAUCGCGCCUGUUUGCGCCGCGGAAGCUGCUGCUGCCGUGUCCAACCCUGCUACGCGUGCCAUUGAGCUCGCACACGUCCUCGCUUUCCGUAGCGGCCUUGGCGCGCCUCUACUCUCGGCUGAACACGAUCCGGUCGACGUCGAUGCCAUUAAGGAGUACGCGUCAACUGUCUUCUCUAAGGGCAACAUCGCCGUCGUCGGCACCGGCAUCUCACAGGAGACUCUCACCCGGCUCCUCGACAAGUCACUAGGCAAGCUCUCUGCCAGCUCCGCGCCGAGCUCGUCCGCGAGCAAGUACUUUGGCGGCGAGACCCGUGUUGAGGGCCAUGGUGGUCCCGAGACUGUCUUCAUCGGCUUCGGCACCACUGGCGCGCCCGCCACUGAGCUCGCGGUCCUCACCGCGCAUCUGUCGCCCAAGCCGUCCGUCAAGUGGUCGAAGGGCCUCUCGCCGAUCGCUGCUGCUCUCCCCGAAGGCGCGAGCGUCCAAGCUGUACUCCUCCCCUAUUCCGACGCGGCCCUCUUCGGUCUGCUCGUUCAGGGUGCGACCGCUGAGGAGGUCAAGACCGCCGGCCAGGCCGCGGUGAAGGCGCUCAAGGACGCUGCGAACGUGAAGGACGAGGAGCUCAAGCGCGCCGUCGCCAAGGCCAAGUUCUUUGCCGCAUCGGCAACCGACGCCAAGUCAGGCCAGGUCGCUGCCUUCGGCAGCAAGCUCCUUGCGGGCUCGCAGCCAUCUCUCGACGAGGCGCUGUCUGCGUUCGACAACGUCAACUCUUCUGCUGUUGCCAACGCCGUCUCUUCGCUCCUCAAGUCGAAGCCCACAUACGUCGCCGUCGGUGACAUCAAGGCUCUUCCCUACGCUGACGAGCUAGGACUGUGACGUGUUGAUAAUAUAGAGUCGUCGCUGAAAAUGCUGGUCUCGUCUGCCACACAUGUACAGGCGUAAUCGAUAUCUUUGCAAGC